AUUAGGUCUGUGCACCAAGAACAUCCUCUGAUCAUAUUUAAAGGGAUAUGUAAUUACGUUAACAUCCGCGUAGGUCGCGUGGACAGGCCGUCGCGAGGCAAUAUUGAGCUUCUUAUUUCUGAAACACUAACUGUUCCAGUUGGUCAGAGACAGCAUCGAAGUAGCAAGGGAUUGUGCGAGUGCAUUAGUAUUUCAUGAUGCACUAAAGCAUACAAACGUCUUGAAUAAUUUCCAGAGACACACAAAGAGAGGAGGAGAUUCUAAAAAUAGUUCCUGCUUUUUUUCUCACCCAAGCGCAAUGCCGGGAUGAAGUGAAGUUCAUAGCCUGGAACAGAUGUUGGCUGUUCGCCUUGCUGCAUGAAGCAAGGAUGUGAGACUGGAUAAACUAUACUAGCCCCAUGAUGGUCAGUUUGCUCCAUGACCAGUCGGCUUUACCAUUAAUACUGUCACUCCUGGUUGUGGGCCAGGCAUAUGAACACUUCGUAUGUAAAGACGAGUGCUACAACAUACAGUUUUCCGACGAAGACGUCGAUACGCCAGACGACGUCAACUCAACGUCAAAUGACGACAGAAGAAAAUCCAAUAUGGCGGAAUUCCUCUACACCGCGCCCUGCCCUCCUAUCUGGAACUUUACUCUGGCGUGCAACUAUUUCUCCAGAAAGACGAUUAGUUGUGAGGAGAGUACAUCUAUUCUAAAGCGAUGCCUUCAGCAUUAUGAUUCCUACAUUCCAUGUAACACAACACUUGACGUCAUAGAACGCUGUAUGGAGGAAAACGCCACCCAGUGUGAAAGUCUGUUUGACUUAUAUAACAACUACUGCUACAAUACGUGUAGAACUUACUGUGAUGAGACCAAGGAGAAACAUUUUAGUGAAAAUGAUACGGAAUCAGGGCUAAUAUUGAUACCAAGGGGAGGUAACUCUAAUCGUUCAAACAAGAAGGGAAAGAACUCCUCCGAUACUUUUGUUAAAUAUAAUGGAAUAUUUUUUAAUAUGUCUGACGCUAAUAACACCCAUAUCAAAAUCAUCAGUGUGAGAGGCGUACGAGUGCCGGACAGCUGGACGUGUGGCGUCUUGUGCAUCAUCCUCUUGAUUGGUGGGGCGUUUGUUUUAAUCGGAAUACUUGGACUCAUAGCUUUCUGCACAGUGAAAAGAUAUCGCCAAGAGGAAAACUCAUACAAAAUCCACAGCCAAGACAAAUGUGUCGGGCCUGACGAAUGUGGUGCAAUGUCAGACAGCGCGUUGUUGCCCACAAUGGGGUUGAAAGCGAAGCAGCAUCACAUUCAUGGAAGAUACAGACACCAAGCGGUGCGAGACACGUCGUUUACCCAAGUACAUUUUCCGAAUGGAUCUUCCAGACUGUUAGGAGAAAUAUUACCUGUGGAGGAGAUGGAGAAUACCCAGCUUUGAGGGUGGGGAUUCACUGGGUGUGUCUGGAUGCACCAGUUGAAGGGUGUAUCAUUGCGCAUGUGUGACUGAGGAGAUAAUGAUGGGGCAUAUUAUCAUAUAUUUUAUUCCAUAUGGCUUCAGAUGGUGGGCGGGGAAAAUGAUGAUAAAAAUAAUAUUACACCGUCAGUAAUGAUCAUGGCGUUGCACAAUGUCAGUAGUCACUACCCAAAUUUCGGCAUUUUGAGUAGUCAUAUCCAAAUGUCAAUUUUAUUGUAAAAAGAAAUCAUAGGGGUUAAAUAUGUAUAAUUCUUAAUUCAUUGAGGCCAGGUGGCGUAAACUAAUCACUGUAACGGAAAUUCACUAUUUUAUAGAACUAUGAAGAGCAACCAGCAGAAAACAACUCAAUAGAAAUCACAUUCGUUCUACCUCGAUUUCUUCCGACUGUGUACGAGACGGGCUCGUCUUUUAACCAAAGUGUGCUAAAGAACAGUGAUGUCUGAGUGAAUGAGAUGCUGACCCAGCCAAUGUGGCUCACGAUGUAUCACUAGACUCAAAGAAAGACUGGGAGGUCGAAAUGGACGUCAUGUAAAAGGAAGUGGACACAACGAAGCAUUUAUGAUCAAAACAGAAUGAUCCAUUCUUGGGUAUUGUUUAGUAAUAAUGUGUUUUUAUUUGUAACAUACCAUAUCAUAGCAUCAGUACCAUGUUUUUUUUACGAAAGCGGGUGUUUUAUUACUUGCUUGGAGGACCUUCCGUCCGAAAUGACCCAAAUGUGGAAGAAAGUUAUUAUUUUAAGAGUAAUCCUUCUUUCACAACAGUAUCUGUAAAAAGACAUUUCAAGGUAGAAUUCUAGGGAGAAAUGACUAUCGAAACUGCAACACUCCAAGUGUUUCCAAUAUAAGAUUUUUUUCCCAUAAAUUCACAUUAUUGUCGACCACAUAUAUAAGAGAUCAGUUUUUAAAAUAUAUUUGUGAGGCAUUCUUUUUUCAUUUCGCGAUCGACCGACCACCCUACGGUUUUGAAAACACAUUCAUAAGCUAAGAAAUAAGCAAAGCUAAUCAUUGCAAGCCUUAAACAAAAUAUCCGAUAUACGACUGCAAUUAAUAAAAUGGUACACCUUACACGAUGAAACACUCUCCCACGCUCGCACACACACAUGCACGGGCAGCACUAGCAUACGUAUGUAUCGUUCGGUAUUUCAAUGAAAACAAUAAUUAUUAAUCUCGUAUGACUUUGACUUUGCAACUGUCACUUCACACAUACUCCAUACCUCCUAUAUACAAAUAUCCUUGUCAAUGUCCAUGAAAUGAUAACGUCACAUAACUAUUACACGAAUACCUUCAGAGGUGUGUUUAUAUAUAGAGGGGUGUUUAAUAAUACAAAUUUCGGCAGUGACAGAAAGGAUGCAGAGAACUUAAGGAGAGCAGCGACUGUACCUUCAAAGGUGUGUUUAUAUAUAGAGGGGUGUUUAAUAAUACAAAUUUCGGCAGUGACAGAAAGGAUGCAGAGAACUUAAGGAGAGCAGCGACAGUACCUUCAAAGGUGUGUUUAUAUAUACAGGGGUUUUUAAUAAUACAAAUUUCAGCAGUGACAGAACGGAUGCAGAGAACUUAAGGAGAGCAGCGACUGUACCUUCAAAGGUGUGUUUAUAUAUAGAGGGGUGUUUAAUAAUACUAAUUUCGGCAGUGACAGAACGAAUGCAGAGAACUUAAGGAGAGCAGCGACUGUACCUUCAAAGGUGUGUUUAUAUAUAGAGGGGUGUUUAAUAAUACUAAUUUCGGCAGUGACAGAACGAAUGCAGAGAACUUAAGGAGAGCAGCGACUGUACCUUCAAAGGUGUGUUUAUAUAUACAGGGGUGUUUAAUAAUACAAAUUUCGGCAGUGACAGAAAGGAUGCAGAGAACUUAAGGGGAGCAGAGACAGUUCCUCUGUGCAUACCAUAUCUGCAAAGAUAAUCAAAGUGCAACGAUGUCUGGCGCAAAACUGCAGUCGCAUCACUCAACACAAUCUCACUGUAAAAUACACUUGUUUCAGUAGUAAAUCUACACUGAUGUGUUUUCAAAGAACAUCACAUGUGACAAAACGACGAAAGAGAGAUUUUACCAGGAAAUACGACCCGCCAGCAACUGAUCCCACAACAGAUUUAUCUGUUGUGAGAACUCGAGUUUCCGAAGACAACCGAACCACUUUUUCUUGUCCACAUCCUGAAAUUGAUACCCAAAUAGAAACGAUAGCUCUCGAGUUAAUUUACUUUUAUUUGCUUUUGGAUUUUUUUUCUUAGACAUAAGAAAUCAAAUCAUUGUCAUCAUCAUUAUUAUUCACAUUAUUCUGAUAUUUACGUCCAUGAAACAUUAAACAUAAGACGCUAAACGACAUCAGUUGUGCUUAAAUGUAAAUCUUGUUUCACUAAUGAACAAAACCAUGCAUACUCUCAUUCAGCACUAUCAUUUAACAUCAUUGCGAAAUAUCACCCAUUCGGUUUAUAAACAUCAAAAGCUUAGGCUUAUAACUGGACUAGAGACUGGCGUUAAACAACAAACAAACAGACAAACAUUGCCGUUUGACAUCAUGUCACACAAGCCUAUUUGCCCCAUUGUUUGUAAGCGGAAACUAUAUCAGUACGCACUCAAAGGUCGACAUCAUCAAGCAUAUUAAGUUUUUCAAGAUUUUUGUAUUUUUGUACAAUAUCAUUACGUAUAAUGUUGUAUGUUAAUAAUAUAUAAAAAUUAAUUAUAUGAAAGUCGUUGCUACUUGCCCAAAGACUGUAUGUACGACUUGACCUUGGAAUACAACCUACUGGUAUUAAUAGGUGAUGAGUUCACUUUCUGAAAAUGUGUUCAGAUUUGCACGAAGCCCCGGCGGAAACGAGAGUUCAAUCUAAACAAUUUGCUUGGUUAUCAACCUCAAUCCAACUUCCAUCCAUUUCAAGUUGUCGCUACAAUGGCCACAAUUUACGAUUGUCGCUAACGAAGCAAUAGGGAACCUGUAUGAUUGGAAUAAUGAGGAAGUUACUCACAACCAAUUGGGACACGUCUCUUACAUGUCAGCUCUUUCAAACUAGAUAUUCUUGCGAGAUAUCAUGUCACGGUUUAUUGAACGAUUUGGGUGUUGAGUUCCCAAAUGGGGGCGUAUUAACUGUACGCCGCGGGACUGAUGUAGACUUUGUGCAGUUCGUUAUGUGGUUUAUGGACGAGUAUUUUGGUCGUGUGGCUAUCGCUAUUUCAGGAUUGAGAUUUGCAAAUGAGGAAGUGAGAAUAAAGACAUGACACCGAUCUGUAAAUUCUAUGUUUGGAAUUGAAUAUCACGUAAUGUGAAUGGAAACGUUGGAUUUGGCAGCGAUUUAUGGAGAUUUUAUUUAAAGAUUAAGAAACUGGGAAAUGAGGAAUGAGUUGGGUGUUGGGUGGGAAUGAGGAUGUGGUAGAGGAUCGAGGAGCGGGUUAAGGAUGGAGAAAUGGAAAUUAUUCAUUUGGAAUUGGAAUACAAACUCGGACUGGGGUUGGACUUUUAAUUUGAUAUUGAAAAUGGACCCGGAAAACCGAUAUUCCGCAUUUGCGAUAAAAAUAGCUUUUCAAUAAUUUAUUAUUCAGAGAUAACAUUGCUUUCAUAGUUUUGGUAAAGUAGAACCCAUAAUUGUGUUGUUGGUUAUUGAAUGUGUUUUAACACGUCUACAAGAUGAAUAAUUAUCAUCCUUAAUUUGGGCUUUAAAUGCUUAUUAUGCAUCACAUUAGUGUCACCUGUCUCUCACCGCUCAUUAUGUAUUUAUGUUUGUUUAUCUUUAUCUGUUAAGUAAAUGAAAUGACAUUUACUUGUCACCACUGGCAUGUGGAGAGGAGUGCCACAUUUUUGUAAUAAUUUGUUAUUGACAUGAAUGUCUAGUAUAAUAAAUAUAUUGAUAUUUUUACUAA